AUGUCAGCUAAAGAAGAUCGCCUCAUCAUCAAUGAGACAAAUCGAAAUCCGGAUAAUGCUGGCGCAUUGGAUAUUGAUACAAUACAUUUGCUUAAUAAUGAAAAUACUAAUCACGGAGAUGCUGAAUGCGUAGAAAUCUUAACUCCUUCAAAGCAGACAGAAGAUAACAAUUUGGAUGAUGAUUCUGAAUAUUAUCCAUCGAAUGAAUCCGAUUCAGAAUCUUAUGACGAAGGUUUUGAUGCUAAUGACAAUAACACAGAACCAGUUAAUAUUAACAAAUCAAAUAAUUCGAAUACAUCUCUGGAAAUAAAUAAGUCAGUAGAAGUACCAGCAGGAGGAGUGCUUGAUGAUAAAGAUUUGUGCGUUCCAACUUCGUCUAGCAGUAGUAAGGAUAAGAAAACGAAUUGCUGUUUUUUUUGUAAAAAAUUACAGACAAAAAUUGCACGUCAUUUGGAGACUGUCCAUUCCAAUGAAUCUGAAGUUAAAAAGUUCAGUUUACUACCAAAAAAAUGUGUUGAACGGUUAAAAAUAAUAGAUACCAUUAGACGCAAAGGAAACUUUCAAUAUAACGUUGAUAGUAACAUAAGCAAAGGCGAUUUAAUCGUUUGUCGAAGACCACAGGCAUCAAAAAAUAGGAGCAGUACAGAUUAUUUACCCUGUGCAAAAUGUCAUGGCUUUUUUUCCAAGAUCUCGAUUCGCAAUCAUUUUUACCGAUGUACUGGCCGUAAUAGUAAACAUAAUAAAGCUGUAUCUGUUUUGGGACGUGCAAUUUUAGGUAGAAUACACAACGUAGCUUGUAAAAAGUUACGAUCUGUAAUAUUUCCUGUCUUGAGAGAAGACGAUGUAUGUCGUGUAAUAAGAUACGACAAACUUAUUAUUUUAUACGGUAAUAAAUUAUGCGUCAAGUAUAAACUUCAGCAUCAAAACGAUAUGAUCCGCAGUUAUUUAAGAUUAUUAGGACGUUUUAUGUUAACUAUUAAAGAAAGAAACAAAAAUGUAACUGAUCUUGAAUCCGUAUAUUGUCCACAAUUAUAUGAUGAUGUCAUUAGAGCGGUUAAUAUAGUAGCGGGUUUAGAUGAAAAUAUUGGUAUCUAUUCAAAACCUACUACAGCAGCUAAUUUAGGAACAUUAUUAAAAAAAGUUGGUAACUUACUUAUUAUGGAAUGUAUAAAAAAUCAAGAUCAUGAAAAAAAAGCUAUGGUUAAAGACUUUUUAGAUUUAUUGAUACAUGAUGAAGAUUAUGGUACCAGUGUUAAUAAAACGGUUAUGGAAACACGUUUGCAACAUGAAAGACAAAAAAAUGAUGAUCUUCCAUCAUUGAAUGAUAUAGCUAAGUUAUACAUGUAUUUAAAAUACAAACGACAGGAAGCGUUUAAUGACUUAAGAAAAGAAUACACAUAUAAUACUUGGAAGAUAUUGGCUGAAUGUACAUUAACUUCAGUUCAGUUAUUCAACCGGAGACGAGCAGGUGAAAUUGAACGCACGCAUAUAGUAGAUUUUGAACAAUACAGAGGUAUUGAUCCGCAUACAUCUGAUAGUCUCUUUAAAAAGAUUUCAUCACGGGCCAAAAAUGCAGCAAAGAAAUACGUACGAUUUGUUAUUAGAGGAAAACUUGGUCGCUCCGUACCUGUCCUAUUAAACUCAGAUUUAUUGGAAUGUAUAAAAACAAUACUAGAAUUUCGUGAUCGCGCUAAAGUUCCUGCAGGAAAUCCAUAUGUUUUUGGUAUGCCAAGCUACAAUUUAAAACAAUUUAAGUAUUUGAGAGCUUGCAUUCUAAUGAGAAAAUUUUCUGAGGAGUGCAACGCAGAAGUUGCACAUUUAUUAAGAGGUACUAAACUAAGGAAGCACGUAGCUACAUUUUGUGCAGGCAUGGAGCUUGCUGAUACUGAAAUAUCUGAUCUUGCAAACUUUAUGGGACACGCAGAAAAAAUACACAAAGAAGUAUACAGGCAGCCUAUUAUUAGUCGUGAUAUUUUAAAUAUAACACAGCAUUUGGAAGCAGCUCAUGGACAUAAUACAUCUCAAGAUUCAGAAGAAGAUUCUAGUGAUUCUAAUAAUGGAUACAGUAGCAAUAACGAUACAGAAGGCAAUAAAGAAGGAAAUAAUAAAACUAUAACUGAAGAAACAAAUGAUAGUAACUCAUUUAUUGAAUACCAAUUAGAAAAUAUAGACAAACCAAAAACCAAAAGACGUUCCAUAUUUACACAAGCGGUCAUUAAUGCCUUCCCUAAAGAGGUUAGGCGCGUUCCAGACAUACGCAUCGCAUCUAGGUGUUUAUCACAUAUGAUUGUUAAAUCUAACCAAUCUGGCAAGUCAGAUUUAACAAUCAUGUGUGAUGAACAUCUAGAUGCGAUGCGUGUGUCUGGAACGCGCCUAAUCUCCUCAGGGAAGGCAUUAAUGACCGCUUGUGUACAAUACACAUGGAUCUUGAAGGGUGACACCGUUUUGGACACAGCACGAUUGGACAAUACUACUCAGAGUGUUUGA